AUGAAGCUCUAUAUGGCAGCCAUUCUGGCCAUCUCAUUCCUUGACAUCUUCAAUGAAGGCAUUGUCAGAGGAAGCUUUGGUUCUCAGGUGAUGCCAGAAAACCGGUGUACAGACUUGUACACUGAAGAAAUAGACAUCAAAAGAAUCGCUAGCUAUGAAAAUCACGAGAGACCAUUUAAAGCUGUGAUAUUUAUAACCAACCGUGGAUUUCGAAUCUGUGUGCAACAUGAUCUCCCGUGGGUACAGAAUGCCAUCCAGAAGUUGGACCAAAAACCAAAGCCUAGACCACACAAAAAACCCAAACCCUCAUCUAGACGCAGAGCCAUAUCUACAUCAAGACCUAAAGCCAGGACUAGCUAA